CGCGUUUGGUUGAACAAGGUGAACAGAGAUUUGAGCGCAGGCUGUUGGCUGGAACCGAACAAAGCGCAAACUGGAAGGCUUCAGCACGGCCUGGGAGCCCAGGAAACCCGAGUCCCGAGAGUUCAACGACAGGACCCGACCAGAGAUGAACGCCCCCAAGGGAGGCCUGGUCAUCUUCACAGCCAAUUCCAACCCCUCCAGCAGGGAGCUGGGAAAGAGGAUAGCUGAGCGUCUGGGAGUGGAGCUGGGAAAAGUGCAGGUUUAUCAGGAACCCAAUCGAGAGACGCGGGUGCAGAUCCAGGAGUCUGUACGCGGCAAAGAUGUCUUCAUCAUCCAGACCGUCUCCAAAGACGUGAACACCACCAUCAUGGAGCUCCUGAUCAUGGUGUAUGCCUGCAGGACCUCGUGCGCCCGCAGCAUCAUCGGUGUGGUGCCCUACUUCCCCUACAGCAAGCAGUGCAAGAUGAGGAAGAGGGGCUCCAUCGUCUCCAAGCUGCUGGCCUCCAUGAUGUGUAAAGCAGGUCUGACUCAUCUGAUCACCAUGGAUCUGCAUCAGAAGGAGAUCCAGGGAUUCUUCAACAUCCCGGUGGAUAACCUGCGUGCCUCACCCUUCCUACUGCAGUACAUUCAGGAGGAGAUCCCAGACUAUAGAAAUGCAGUAAUUGUGGCCAAAUCUCCAGCUUCGGCCAAAAGGGCGCAGUCCUUCGCCGAGAGGCUCCGGCUGGGCAUCGCGGUGAUCCACGGCGAGGCGCAGGACGCCGAGUCGGACCUUGUGGACGGACGCCACUCCCCGCCCACCGUCAAAAACAUCGGAGCCAUACACCCCAGCCUGGAGAUCCCCUUGCUGAUUCCCAAAGAAAAGCCCCCGAUCACUGUGGUGGGAGACGUGGGAGGGCGGAUCGCCAUCAUAGUGGAUGACAUCAUCGAUGACGUGGACAGUUUCCUGGCAGCUGCAGAGACGCUCAAGGAGAGGGGGGCGUACAAGAUCUUCGUCAUGGCGACGCACGGCAUCCUGUCCUCUGACGCACCCCGACUCAUCGAGGAGUCGGCCAUCGAUGAGGUGGUGGUGACCAACACCAUCCCCCACGAGAUCCAGAAGCUUCAGUGCCCCAAGAUCAAGACGGUGGACAUCAGCAUGAUCCUGUCCGAGGCCAUCCGCCGCAUCCACAACGGGGAGUCCAUGUCCUACCUGUUCCGCAACAUCGGCAUGGACGACUGACAGCGACGCGGUUUCGCGGAGGUUCAGGGCUCUCGUCGUCUUUACGCCAACUCAUUCCUCUGCCGGGGGAAAGGCCAGCGAUGGGUGCCAUUCACAUCAAUCCCUUUAUCUCGAUGUGUUCAUACCUCCACACCUUCCUUUUCACGCUAACCAGAGCUUGAUGAUUACGGGUUGGGUCAGAUGUGGGUCAGUUUUCUUUUUGAGCCGUGCGGCUGAGUCUGGUGUGAGACUGAACCGGGGGUUGUGGUGAAGGAGCUGCAGUGAAACGGAGAAGAUGUGAGAGUAGCCGAGGUUGAGUGCUGUGUUAGGCGUGAGGUUGCAGGCUAAGUGCGUCCUUCACUUCCUCGUGACUGAUCUUUUCCACAUUGAAAACGAUGAGUCAGCGCUGCCCACUCUGCACCCACACCAGACUUCCUCCUGUCCCGUUCUCACAGACUCUACCGUUGCCUUCUUAAACCUCUUCAGUCAGUGACCUUUUGUUGAAGUUGUAGUUACGCUGCCUGCUCUGUUGCUGGUUGCUUCCCCUGAAUGUGUGUAGAUCUGACAUACCAUUGUCUUGCCAUUAAUGCACGUGUAGUGAGUUCAGCUUAAAUGAGGCGAUGCGUAGGGUGGCGGGUUUGGGUUUCGCUGUCAAACCUCAGUCUCUCUUAUGCUCUUCUUACCAGUGAUAUUUGCCUCAGAAGACAGCAUAGGGGAAACACACACACUGGUGCUGCACCUCCCUCCUUUUGGCCCCUUCUUGUUUUCUGAAUUUGAAGCAUCCCUUUAAUGGAAAUGUUGCACUGGUGACAGCUCUUUCAGUAGGCGUGGUCGGGUGACACAGGCCCCGGGUGAAACCCGUCUCCAGCACGGUCCCUGUGACGGCCUAAAGCGGAGCUGUCUGUCUCUUUAGUCCCUUAAUUCUCCCUGAUUGUACCCAGUACAGACUGGCAUCACCAUCAUGUAUGAGUGAGUAUGCCUUCACAAGCCAGGCGUCUGACAGCACUGCUGGGGAGCUACAGCUCUGUGCAGUCACACUGCUCUCUGCAGUGACCUCUGCUUUUCACAGCGGGCCAUUGCAUUUAGAGUUGCACACGCACAGGGUCAUUACCUUUCUGCUAUUGUUAUUGUCACUUCUGAAAGUUCUGACACAAAACUGGAUAUUUCUAACAGAUGCUCAAAGCAUUGACAGUUAUGCUGUCUGAAAGAAAGAGCUUGAAAUUUUUAAGACAUUAUUUUGUUUGAAUUUUACUUUCUUCUUCCCCUUCGGCCUAUCAGCUUUCUUUCCAAUUACGUACUAAUGAUGAAUGCAUUCCUUCAGAUCUGUAAUUUAUAUUUUUUGUGCUGAAUUUGAAUGGGACCACAAUAUCACUGCCAUUUGGUGGUUUUAAUGGAUUGUGCAAGAGACAAUUCAAGUUUACUUAGUUUUCAAGCUUAGAAAAAAAA